UCUGGAUUCCUAACUUGAUAAUUUCUCUUGCUGGUUUUUUCAUCCAAACUCCAACCCAUUGUUUUUAUGAUUCUGCUGGUGGUUCAUGGUGUUGGAUUUCAGAAUAUUAUGAUAUCUAUAGAAUAAGUUUUCAUUAUGCUAUCAUAUUAUCUGCUGCCACAUUGAUGAUCUUCAUAUACGCAAUAAUGUUUGCGAUCUUGUACAAUCGACAACGAAAAAUGUCAGCAUAUGGAUCAAAAAUUUUACAAAGUGUCAAUAAGAAAUUGGUUUGGUUUCCAUUAGCUUAUGUUAUUCUUGUAACACCAUUAGCUGUUCAGAGAAUUUUUGCCAUUGUCGAUUACGCUCUUCCCUUUGAAUUUUUAAUUAUUUCUGGGUGUAUUUUUACAUGCGCUGGUUUAGUAAACUCGAUAAUUUACGGAAUCAUACGUAAUGUAGUAUCUGUAAAAUCUAUUAUUCCAAGACUUUCAACUAUUACUGGAAUAUACAGUAAAUCAAGAUUUUCUUCUCCUGGAGAAACAUUAAAUGACUCAGAUUUUGCGAAUUCUUUUAAUACAAAAAAUGAUUUAUCUUCUUUUAUAUCAGUUACUAAAACUCAUCAGAUUAGGAUAUCAGUUGUUGAUACAUGUGGUGAAUCCAGUACAUCUACUAUAUUUUUUGUUAAUAUGUUUUUACAUGAAACUUCAUGCUCUGGUCCUUCUCCUAAAUAUGAUGUUAAUACUAAUUAUGCCUACACUUUGGCAAUUGGACUUUUAGUUAUAAUAGUAUUAAUUUAUUUCAAUCAUAAUAAUUUUAAUAAAUCUCCUAAACCUGUUCCAUCUCUCUUUCAAAAAGAAACAAUUAAAGAAAAUCCAAAGUUUGACAACACUACUGAUCCAAAAGAAUAUUUUGCAAAACUCUUGAAUAAAAACAAAAACAUUAAAAAAAACACAAGCUCCUGCUCCCCGCUUCCAUCUGAAAAAAGUAGUAAGGUUUCUAAUUUACAAAUAAAAAAAGAACAAAAAAUUGUUUUGGCAUCAGUAUCAGAGACCUUGAUCACGACCAAACAGCGGAAAUACUUUGUAGUAGAAUCUACCACCCUUACCCACACUAAAAAUUUUGAUGAAAAUGGCAAAGUUAUAGAAAGCCAGACCAAAUAUUUAUAA